CUGAUUCUUCCCCCAGGUGCGUUGAGUUCAGCAGAGAAAGGCCAAAAUUGCCAACACUCGAGUGAUAAUUUGCGUUUUCAACUAACAAAUCAGCUAUCAAAAUGGUUGAAUCCAAGUCGGAAAAAACGGAAAUCAACAAGGAAAACCGGGAUCCAUCGAAGGAGAUGGAGGUUGACGAGGAUGAAGACGCUCCAACCAAGGUUUUCACGAUUGAAAUUUUGCGUGUGAUCAAGGAUUUGCAGCAGCAGCAUGGUCUCCGUCAUGGGGACUUUCAACGUUACCGUGGGUACUGCUCUCGCCGAGUCAAGCGUCUGAGGAAGACAUUGAAUAUCCCUCAGGGAGAUAAGAGGCAUUACAAGAAGAGGGAUGUGACACUGGCAAAUCUGGAGAAGGAGAAUUCCGAUGAGCGGUUGAUUCAUAUUCCGUUGAUGUUGGCCGAACGUGCCUGGGCUUAUGCUAUGCAGCUUAGGCAGGAAUCGAACACGGAACUUCGGAAAAAGUUUCAUUUAGUUGGAAAGUUGAGGAAGGCAACGAUUUAUGCGCUACAACUGCAGGAACUUUGUAAUUCAGAGUUUUGCGAUGCUAGGACCAAGCUUGAGGCAGAGGCUUACUCGGCUUGGAUUCAUGGCUCGUUGCAUUUUGAGCUUUCGCUGUGGAAAAGUGCUGCGGAGAAUCUGAAGAAGGCUCAGGUUAUUUACGAAAACUUGGCACAGACCCUUCCAGAAGAGGAGCAGGUGGUCUAUAAGGCGAAGGUAGAUGAGUUGACUCCAAGCUUGCGCUACUGUGCUUAUAAUGUAGGCGAGAACGCUUCGAUGAAUGAUUUGCUUGAAAUGCGAGGACAAGGAAUGCUGGACAAUUUGAGCACCUUGGUUGCUCAGACGAAAACCGAGAGCAUGGAAGCGUUCCAAACAACGGAAUGGCGUGGUCGAAAGGUUACCGUGCGCCCGGAGAAGGUCCGUAUGUUUUUGCUGAGCAUUCAGGAUUUGGAGAAGAGUAUUGAAAAGGCGAAUGGUUUCCCAGCAAAAAUAGAGUUGCUGGAGAAUGUCUUGUUGGAUUGCAAGGAUGCAAUUUCGGCCAUCAAGGAUGAAAUCAAGCAGGACCCGAAGUUGCGCUCGAGCAGCGAAUCUGGUACCAUGACUGCAACUCAGUACUUGUUGACUUAUUUGUCCUAUACUAGAUUGAAGCUGACAUUGGAGAGGAACCUGUUUAUGGUUGCUCAAGGAAAGUUGAGCCUGGAUGACCCAAACAUUCCAGAUAAGGCUCAGAUUGAAGGUAAGAAAACGAAGCCACAAGAUUUGUCACGUUUGUACGAAAUUAUUCUGCAGAACAUGUCGGAAAUGCAGCAACUGGCUGGUAUGGAAUCCGAUGCUGCGUACCAGUCGGAGAUUGAAACCCUGACUCUUACCUUCAAGUCAUUCCGUUGCUACUAUAUUGCCAUUACUCUGGUAGCUUUGAAGCGAUGGCGUGAGGCCGUGGCCAUGUAUGAACGGUCAACUAAGUACGCAACGGAAGCGAUUGCCUCCGAAUCAAUCAGCAAAGAUUUCGAUUUACGCAACGAAUUGAAGCAACUCAUUCAAACGAUCGAGGGAUGCAAAUUCUCCGCUCACGCUAACAGCGUUUUGGAAGAGGACACCACUGAGGAGUCGGUUCUCUACGGCAAAGCCACCAAAUCGUCCAAGCCUCUGUUCGAACGGCUUUCCAUGUACAAGGAGGAUGCUUCCCUCAACUCGCGGAAUCCGAAUGUGUUCAAAUUGACACCGGAAAUGCAGCCGAUUCCCGCCAAGCCUCUUUUCUUCGAUUUAGCGCUGAACUUUGUCGAGUUCCCAUCGCUGGAAGACAAGGUCGAGCUGAAGGGUAGCGCCAAGCAGGGUGCCGGAAUGUCCGGAUUCGUCAAGGGUUUGUUUAGCUGGGGUGGCAGCGGCGGAAAGUAAGGUGAAAAUGGUACCCAGUUUUUUUGUUUUUUUUUUUCUUCUGAAAUU